AUGAGUGACGAGGCGAAGCCGGUGGAGCAGGCCGAGGGGUCGGAGCAGAAGCAGCAGUUCGUGUUCGGCGCCGGCAGCGCGCUCGGCACGGGCGGGGGCUUCGGGGCCUUCGCAGCGCAGGGCGCCGCCGCCGCCCCCGCGAACAAGGACGCCGACGGAGGAGACGACGACGCCCCCGGCGAGGAGGAGGAGUGCCAGGCGGAGUUCAAGCCCGUGGUGCAGCUGGAGGAGGUCGAGACGAAGACGGGCGAGGAGGACGAGGAGCCGCUGUUCGAGGCCAAGUGCAAGCUCUACCGCUACGCGUCGGACACGAGCGAGUGGAAGGAGCGCGGCGUGGGGCCCGUGAAGCUCCUCAAGAACAAGGAGACGGGGAAGACGCGCCUGCUGAUGCGAGCGGAGAAGACGGGGAAGGUGCGGGCGAACCACUUGGUGAUUCCGGGCACGGACAUGCAGCCGCACUCCGGGAGCGACAAGGCGUGGGUGUGGUGCACGCUCGACUACGCGGAGGGGGAGAUGCGGAACGAGAUGUUUGCGGUUCGGUUCGGGAGUGCGGAGAAGGCGAAGGACUUCAAGACGAACUUCGACGAGGCGGGCGCGGCGAACGAGAAGCUCAUGGGCGCCUCGAAAGAGGCCGCGGAGGACGCAGACAAGCUCGCCGACGCCGUCGGCGCGACCACGGUGGACGACGCGAAGGACGCCAAGGACAAGACGGACUGA